UCCGGGGAGGAGGUAUUUGGGUGAAAGGUCUAGUGGUCAUUGGUACUUUGACAGGACUACGGUUCUGUUACUUCUUUGAAGAGGAACAGAAUUUGAACAGCAUUUGUUCGAAGAUCAGCCAGACCUAUAUACUCCGGGUUUGUGAUAGUUGAUGGUGUAAUAGGUAGCAAGUUCGUUAGCAAAGAAACAACGUUACUAACGUUAGCUGUCAUCACUUUCAAAUCGAAUUCGUAGUUGGUUGCUAGCGGAGCGAAAAGAUGUCCAAGCAACCGCAACCUAUCAGCCCAGGGAAGAAUUUCUUCGCUGGGGGUUUUGGAGGUGUUUGUCUAGUGUUUGCUGGUCAUCCACUCGACACAAUUAAGGUGCGCAUUCAAACACAGCCCAAGCCAGCACCAGGACAGUCCGCUCUCUACUCAGGGACCUUCGACUGCUUCAAACAGACGCUCGCCAAAGAAGGUCUGAAGGGGCUAUAUAAGGGGAUGGCCGCCCCCAUCAUUGGGGUAACGCCCAUGUUUGCUGUGUGUUUCUUUGGCUUCGGCUUAGGCAAGAAACUACAACAGAAAAGCCCAGACGACAUUCUCACGUAUCCUCAGCUAUUUGCUGCAGGUAUGCUGUCAGGUGUGUUCACCACGGCCAUCAUGGCUCCAGGGGAGCGCAUUAAGUGCCUGCUACAGGUGCAAUCAGCCUCGGGCCAGAUUAAGUACGCAGGGCCCAUGGACUGUGUGAAGCAGCUGUGGCAGGAGAGUGGCAUCCGGGGCAUCUACAAGGGCACAGCACUGACCCUCAUGAGAGAUAUUCCGGCCAGUGGGAUGUACUUCAUGACUUAUGAGUGGCUUAAAUAUGCCCUCACGCCAGAGGGCAAGAGGUGAGCAUGCUACUUGUGCGCAAUGAGUGUUGAGAUUCCAGAGGGUUUAACGGACCUUUUGAGAGGCUACACGGUGGAGGUGCUUCGAACGAAACCGCCGGACCUCGUCGAGUUUGCCAUUCAGUAUUUUAGUCGUCUAAAAGAAGAUAACAACAGUUUGCAUGUAGUUUCGCCAUCUCCUGAGCCUGUUCAAAUGGGACGCAGAGCGGUGUCUUUUAAAGAUGAUGCGCAUUCCAGCGGUAACAGCGCGGAUGAGGAGGACGACAUCUUCCCAGAAGAACUACAUUUCAAGUCACCUGCUUCAAAGCCCAAGAGAAGAGUAUCAGUGUGCGCAGAGGCGUAUAACCCAGAUGAGGAUGACGAGAGUGAGAGCGAGCCUCGUAUAGUCCACCCCAAGUCGGACCAGCAGCGCAACAGGCUCCAGGAGGCCUGCAAAGACAUCCUGCUCUUCAAGACCCUCGACCCGGAGCAGUUUUCUGAGGUGCUGGACGCCAUGUUUGAGAAGCUGGUCGAGGCAGAAGAGCACAUCAUAGACCAGGGGGAGGAUGGGGACAACUUCUACGUCAUCGACAGGGGUGUGUAUGACAUCCUAGUGCUGAAGGACGGAGUGAAUAUCUGCGUGGGGAAGUAUGACAACAAGGGCAGCUUUGGAGAGUUGGCUCUCAUGUAUAACACACCGCGGGCUGCAACCAUCAUCGCCAAACAGGAGGGGGCGCUGUGGGCUCUGGGACGCGCCACAUUCCACAAGCUGAUUGUUAAAAAUAACGCCAAAAAGAGGAGAAUGUACGAGGCCUUUGUUGAAAGCGUUCCUGUACUCAAGAGCCUUGAGUUAUCUGAGCGAAUGAAGAUUGUGGACGUGCUGGGAAUGAGGUCAUAUAAAAACGGAGAGCUGAUUAUAAAACAGGGAGAUGAGGCUGACUGUUUCUACAUUGUGGAGUCAGGUGUCGUGAAGAUCAUGAUCAAGAGCAAAACCAAGGCUGGGGCAGUAGCCAAUGAGGAGGUAGAGAUUGCCCGGUGCUCGAGGGGCCAGUACUUCGGGGAGUUGGCUCUCGUCACCAAUAAGCCUCGGGCCGCUUCAGCGUACGCCCUGGGAGAGACCAGGUGUUUGGUGAUGGACGUGCAGGCAUUUGAGCGUCUUCUUGGUCCAUGUAAGGAGAUCAUGCAGAGGAACAUCGCAUCAUACGAGGAGCAACUGGUAGCUCUCUUCGGCUCCAGUGCCGACCUCAAGCACUAGCCACCACCACCACCUCUUCCCAAUGUAAAAACAAACCCUGCUGCAAACCCUGGCCCAUGUGUUGUUCUGAAUCAGUUGACCGUAACGAGCACUCAGCACAGGUAGAUGAUCCCCACGCUCUUUGAGGUGCAGCUCGCAGCCACCCUAUUCGGCUCUAGUGCAGACCUCAUGCAUUUAUUAGUCUGCCACUAACUAAGCACCUCCUCGCUGCUUCGCCCCUUUUCGUCAGCCUUCAGCAUCUACUUCUAUUCGGCUAGAGCAGGGGUGGGGAACAGUGGUGUAGUCUACGUAGAACGCAGGUGUACGGACUAUACCCACUUCUAAAUUUCAGGGAUUUCAGUAUACCCACUUAAAAUUGAUUGAUCCAUUGUUUUGAAUAGCACAAAUAUAUACAGUAUACCCACUUCAAAAAAUGCUUAUAUACAGUAUACCCACCAUAAAAAAGUAGACUACACCACUGGUGGGGAACUUAUGUCUCGAGGGCCGUUUGUGGCCCUUGAGGCCAUUUUAUCCGGCCCCCGAUAUAAUUUCAAUGUUAUGCAUCUUCACAUGAAAUAUGACAUAUUUUGUAAAGGAAACUUAGAAAUUACAUUUACAUUACAAUUAGGUUAUGUUCAGGGGACCUAGAGAAGGUUGGGUCUGUUUUUAAGGUGACUGCCUUCAAUAUAGGCCUUAAGUGAAGGGGGAAAUUCUGGUUUGUGUUCAUAGUACGGUGCUUCUACGGGCCUUGGAGGAAUUUGAAGUGACUCCUCGAAUGAGAAAG